GAAGAAAACACAUAGCACAUACAGACAUACUUAUUGAAGCUUUAACAUUUUUUUUCACAGAAACUUCAAAAGAGCGUAAAAGAGAAUGGGAACAGCUACGUUCAUAGAUAUUCUUCUUGCUAUCCUUUUGCCUCCUCUUGGUGUCUUUCUCAGAUAUGGUUGCGGGGUUGAGUUUUGGAUAUGUUUAGUUUUGACGCUGCUUGGGUAUCUUCCUGGGAUCCUCUACGCCCUUUAUGUCCUCACGAAAUGAUCAUUUACAUCCAUCUAUCCCUUUUUUUGUAUCUUCAUCUCCUUGAACAGCUGGUUCGUCGUGUUUUAAUCUUCUUGUGUGACUGAUUCAUCGUUUCUUUCACCAGGGUUUUAUCGUUGUUGUGUUUGCAUUGUUAUAUAAUUUUUCUUAAUCCUUCUUUUGUGUCAAGAUCUUGUUUAUCUGCUUUUUAAUUAAUAUUUACUACUAGAAAUUAUGUUUGCCUUGGUUGGUCUCAUAGGACAACCAUGAGUUGAUAUUGUAUAGUUUAUCAAUUUCAAAUAAUUACAAAUCCUACCGCAAU